UCCAACUGCACCCGGUUAUUUUUAGGCUACACCAUACAGUCACACCGUCGCGAAUGUAACGCAAUAGCUGCUAUAACAUUAUAGGCCAUAAUAACCCAUAAGGUCGCCAUACCAAUCGACUGAACAGAUUUAGGCAAGCCUGCGGUCAUGUUGUUUAGAUUCGGCGUCAUUCUCACUCCGGAGUCCUCGGAGGUCGACGUCUUUGUGUUGGGUUCGCGUGCUGAAAUGGGGAACUGGGACCCGAACAGAGCGGUUCGGAUGAAAGCCACACAGAAACUCCCGUCACCCGCAGAACCGUGUCUGUGGAUCGGUGAGGCGCACCUAGCCGAGCCCCACAGAGACACACUGUGGUUCAAGUUCAUCCAAAGAGUCAGAGGCACCUUUAUCUGGGAAGGAAGCGGGCCAAGCCAUGACAGAUGGUGUACAUAUGAUGAUAAGAAUGUGGUGGACGGCGUGUAUUGCCACCCGAUCGGCCACUGGAUAGAAGAAACAGGGCACACAGAUGAGAUGAGGCACACCACCAACUUUUACUUCAGUGUGGCUGGUCAGAAGGCCAUGCAUUUCUCCAGGGUGCUGCCACGUAUUUGGCUGGGCAGCUGCCCUCGACAGGUGGAACACGUGACGGUAAAGAUGAAGUAUGAACUGGGAAUCACUGCAGUGAUGAACUUCCAGACAGAGUGGGAUGUGGUGAACAAUUCCUAUGGCUGCCGGCGUAACCCUGACGAAACCGUGACCCCAGAGACCAUGAUGCAUUUGUACAGAGACUGUGGCCUUGUGUAUGUGUGGCUGCCCACACCGGACAUGAGCACUGAGGGUCGGAUCAGGAUGCUUCCUCAGGCUGUAUUCUUGCUUCAUGGUCUCCUAGAGAAUGGCCACACAGUCUAUGUCCACUGUAACGCUGGAGUGGGGAGGUCGACUGCAGCUGUGUGUGGCCUGCUCAUGUAUGUCCUCGGGUGGACCCUGAGGAAGGUGCAGUACUUUGUAGCAGCAAGGAGACCGGCAGUGUACAUCGAUGAGGAAGCUUUAGUCAAAGCUGAGGCAGACUUCCUUCAAAAGUUUGGCCGGCUGCGCUCAUCUAUGUCUGACCCUGAAACAUGAGAUUCGAGUGGCUUUGUGCUUUAAAUCUGAAGCUGAAUCCUUUGGACUUUCUGAGAAAUAAAAUGAUUAAAAACACAAAACAAUCCUUGACGUGCAAAAUUUUAAAAAAUAAAAUCUGUAUCUCGACUUUAAUCCAAUGUAUGUAAAUAACUCACUUCUGCCCAAGUAUCUGAGAGUGUUCUGGCAGCAGAAACGUCGCAAGCAAUCAAUCUAACUGGUGUGUGAGCUUUUAAAAGCUGGCGUAGGCAACAUGUUUUUGGCGUCACUGGGAAAAUAAUCCGUAAUAGGCUUUCAGCGUAUUGUAUUUUAAAUGUUCUUAAGAGGUACUUGACUCCUGCUCCUUCACUGGGCUCUAUUUUCAGGCUUCAAAAACAUCUAGUCCGUUAUGGGAAACUUUAGGCAAUUGCAGGUCUUUUCAGAUCAAAUAAAACAGAUUUUUUUUAAAAAGCAGUCAUUUAUAAAGUCCUAAUAGGAAGCAAAAUGUGGCGGUUCAGUGGGUACUUUUUACACCGCUGACUAAUCUUCAGCUGUAUGAAUAUCCUGCAUACACCCAUGCUCAUGUGGUUGGAGGGGAUUGGAGAGAGAUGACAGCUGCAGGAGGAGAUGUGGCUUUUAAAAAAAAUCUGGCUCCCCCUCUUUCAGGGCCUUAACUCAGCCUUUAAAAAUAUACACUUGCAAAUUGAGGACUUGGACUCAGCACAUUUCCACGUGGGUGUUUGUAAAGGCCUUUUCUUUUAAUGCUUUUUGAAGUUUUAAUGAAUAAACAAAGCUGACGUUCUGAGCAAACAUAUAGAUGCUCUUUUAAAAGCUGAAUGCAACUAAAUCGCAGGAACUGUGCAGGGUGAUAUUUCUCAUUUCCUGCGUGCAGGAAGUAGGUUGAUUAUUAAGAGAAACAUAAAUUUUCUGUGUUGUUUUGUGUUUGGUUUUUUUUUUGUCAUUUCUGAGAAUCUCUUGUUUCUUUUCAGAAAGGAAAUUUGUAAUUUCCCAGGUUUUAGAGAUGGAACUUAAUGCUGCAUGAAAAUGACUCUGUGCCAAAGCUACAAAUGAAAAUUUAAAACUAA